AUGGACAAUACAUUGUUGAUUGACUUCAUCAACAUUGAUUGUUAUGAAAAGCUCGCAGAAGAUAAAGAAAUAAAUCAAAAUAUUGAUAAAAAAUUGUGGUGCAAGAAAUUGAAAUUUUUACCGUUGAAUUCAAAAGAAAAUAGCAGGAAAUCCACUGCUUUGGCGUCCUUUCCAGGCAGUGGAAAUACGUGGUUGCGCUACCUAAUACAGCAAGCUACAGGAAUUCUCACUGGAAGUAUCUACAAUGAUUUUGACUUACUCACAACGUCUUUUCCUGGCGAAGGGAUUCACAAUGAAUCUGUCCUGGUAGUGAAGACUCACGAACAUGGCCCCAAAAUUUGGGCAAUGUUCGAUCGAGCAAUUCUGCUAGUUCGUGAUCCUCAGGAGGCCAUUCUAUCUGAAUUUCAUCGUCAGUACGCAGGACAUAUCGGUUUAGCACCUAAAAAGAUUUUCUGACAUUUAAAUGGGCAGUUCUGGAAAGAAUUCGUCAAAGAAAACUUGAAAUUGUGGACUGAAUUUAAUUUAAUGUGGCCUAGAAAGUUUCCUAAACCCCUGAAGAUUGUCUUCUAUGAGGAUCUUUUAAUCAAUCUCAAAGGAUCUUUGGAAGAAAUUCUGCUAUUCCUUCAUUGGCCUAUUGAGCGGAAAUUACUGUCUUGUGCUGUAAGGAAACAAGAAGGAGUCUUCAAGAGAAAGAAAAAUUCAUUUGAU